GCAGUGCUUGGUAUUGGGAUGUCGUGCUGUAAGUAGUGCGCAUGCGCAGAUCUGUAUUGCGUUUAGGAAGACCGCAAGCGUGUGAGGGGCAAUGGAUCCUCAAAAAGACGUUCAGCCUCCGAAACAGCAGCCGAUGAUCUACAUUUGUGGAGAGUGUCAUACAGAAAAUGAGAUUAAAGCCAGAGACCCCAUUAGAUGCAGAGAAUGUGGAUACAGGAUUAUGUACAAGAAAAGGACCAAAAGAUUGGUCGUAUUUGAUGCCAGAUGAACUUCACUUUUGUUUGUUUUUCUGUUCUAAUAUGCUUUUUUAAAAGUGUCUAAAUGUAAAUACAUGUGUACGAUUGAGUUCAACACGAGAGUACAAUACAGUUUGCUAUAAAAACUUCUGUGAAUACAGUUUGCUAUAAAAACUUCUGUGAAUGUGUUGUUGCUUAAUAUUUUUUUAGCCCAGCUAAAUUGGUUUUGUUUUUUUACAUAAAUCAUCCUACGUAUACGUAAUGUAAAGAACAUUCUUUAAAUAUGUAAUUUUGAUAGCUGUAAUAAGGACAUGACCUUAUUGGCAACUGCGUAAGGUCAUGUCAAAUAUUGAAAUGAAUUAGUUCAUCAUGCUCUUAAUCUCAUAAUUACAUAAAGGGGUGAUUUUCAGGACAGGUCUUAUCCGAGUCCCAGACUAAAUUGCAUGUUUGAGCUGGCACAAUUGAAAAACAUCCACUGGCGUAUCUUAACAUGCAUCCGUGCCAUUGUUUUGUCUCAAAAAGCACAUUUGUAAGGUAUUUUUGUUAAAACUAUGUCCUAAAAUAAAUAAGGCCUAGUACUGGAUUAAUCUAAACCCUGUCUAGGCCUUUGAGACUUUA